GACGCCACUUUUGUUUUUUUGCUUUAAACUUUCUCAUUCCUCCAAACAGUUGUGUUUAUAAUGAAAGACGACUCUCAAGCAGCAUCUACUGAAGAACAACAUGGACAAGAGCUUUGUACUAGAUAUAUUGGACAGAACUCUUUCCAACUCUGAUAUAUUGUCAGAAGACAGCAAAUGGGACGAAUUAUCAGACGAUCAAGGCAAAGACAAAGCUUAUAUCAUCCAGUUGGUGAACGAGAAAUCAAUAGCACAGCGAUUGAAUAGCCAAUUGUAUCUGAGAUUCGUCAGUGAUAACAUAGGCAAUGCCUUCAAAAGCUCUCUUAUAGUCUUCAGGUUCUUGACCAAUUGCUUUGAUGGCAAUAGUGCCAGAGGAGGACUCAAUUUAGCUAAUGACGAUGUUAAAACCGAAUACAACUUGAUCCAUAUCAAUUUCAUAAAUUUGAUCAAUUUCGUGAUAUCAAUUAAGCCUGUGUACUUGUUUAUUUUCAAGGAUGAGCUAGCUGAUGAUGGCAAUAACAUUGGUGCUAUUAACACCACCUUUGAGAUUGUGUUUGAUAAAAAUGGAGAGCUUUUGGACAGUUCCAAAAUCAAGAAUUUGGAACGAAUUCAGAUAAAUAUCUCUUUUUUGUUGAUUUUGACCAAUUUGCUUUCAAUCAAGUUAUUUAAAUUAAGAUACAUGGGUGGCUAUAAGCACAAUGAUAAUAACAAUACAACUGAAAAUGAGACUGAUAAUGAAGAUCUUGUUAAUCCAGAGCUAGAAGAUUACAUGAACGAUAAGCUAUUGCCAAUUUUAUCACUUAUUAUCUUGAAGUUUGGCUCGUUCUUUCUUCCAGAUGAUGACUUUAACACUCAUAAUAUAAAUCAGCAAAAUGAUGUAAAACCUUUUGAAAAGAAAAAAUCAAAGAUUAAAGAUGAGCCUCCACCAAUAGUGGCACCACAAACGACAAAAACAACGAAUCAAUCCUUUGAGUUAUUUAUGCAAAAGAAUCGAAUUUUCAUUUAUUUUUUUCAUUUAGUUAUAUUACUUUAUCAAAAGAGUUCUCUGGGUUUUAGUCUAUUGAAAAUCAGCUACUUGUUCAAACUUGUUGCAAAUCGUUAUAAUAUAACAAAUACAAUAAUAAACAAUAAUAACAACCUUUCUAAUAGCGAUUUAUAUACUGAUAUCCCCAUUAAUAAUGCAUUUGAAUAUAUUAGAAAAAAUCAUCUCAAGGAAAAAAAUUCUGAAAAGAAUACUUCAAGGAAUAAUACCAAAAUCAUAAUAUCAUAUCUAAGAAAAAUAUAUAAUGUAACUACAAUAAUAGAGACUCUAAAAGUUUUUUCAAUUUCAAUCCAAGCAUUUUACUUGGAUUACUUGAAAGAAAAAAAUUACUAUGAUCAAUUAUUUACCAAUUGCAACAAAGAGCCGAAUUUAACAACUUCAACUAAAAACCAGGAUCAAAAUCCAAUUAAAAAAACUAUAGCGAAAAAUCAAAAGUUGGACGAAAAAAUAGCAAAGCUAAAUCAAAAUGUUGAAGAAUUGGAAAAGUUAAUCAUAGAAAAAAAAACAAGAAUAAAAGAUGCUAAAAAACAAAAAUAUUCCUUGGUUAAAAAAAAUAAACUAUUGGAUGAUCAGAUUAUAGAGGAAAGGGAAAAGGGCAAAAUUGAGAUGAACAAGAUAGUCGAAGAACAUGAAAUUCAAAAUAAAGUAUUGUUUAGUAAAGUUUUUAAAGAAGCUUAUGACUCUACUAUCAAUGAAUUAACAAUUGAUUACAAAGAAGAAAAGUCUUCUAAGUUUAUAGAAAAUCAACAACAAAUUGAUGAAAUUAAUCAAAACCAUUUAACAAAAUUGAAUGAAAUGACAGAUGAGUUUAAAAAGAAGGAAAAAGCAUUGAUUGCAAAUAUUAAACAGUGGAAAUAUUUUGUUGAAAAUGACUAAAUUGUUAAGAAUUUGAAAUAGCAUAUAAAAAAACCCACACCAAGAACAGUUUGGAGGAAAUUAUUUUUUUUAAAUUUAGU